AUGGAAGACUCAUUAGAAGGAGAGGAAAUGGAAGAAGAGAAACCCGAAUCGGAUGAAGAAAAUGAAACCACAAAAGACAGUGAACCUAUGGAAGCCGAAGCAGCCCCUCCUUCCAGGCCUUCACCUCCAAGUCCUUACAGGAGCAUUCUAGAGAGGGUCGGGAAAACCCGUCAGACCGCCAAAAAACCACACUCAACCACAAGGGAAUUCAUAAGCACGGUCAUGGGCUGUCUGAGAGGUAUCGGCAAAGGAAAUCAAGGAAGGAGAGAACAACACAACUCACGUAACCUGGAGAGUGGGAAGACUGGAGACCCAGCUGACCCAACAUCAGAAUACACUGACAGGAUGCGUGGGUUACUCAACACAGAGAUUGCUGCUAGGAUACAACAGGAUACCUACAUGGUUGAGGCUGAUCUUCAAGCUCAAGCAACUCUUAUCAAGGUGGGAGUCAAUGAGGAGGAAAUAAUGGCCAUUAAUGGGAGGCUAGAUGCGAUCAGAGUGCAACUUGGGAAAAUCACAAGGGCAUUGGGCACUUACUUGCAACGUGGAUGA